AUGACGAACACAAAAGGAAAGAGGCGGGGUACCCGCUAUAUGUUCUCCAGGCCUUUAAGAAAGCAUGGGGUCGUUCCUUUGGCCACAUACAUGCGAAUCUACAAGAAAGGUGAUAUUGUGGACGUCAAGGGAAUGGGCACAGUUCAAAAAGGCAUGUCCCACAAAUGUUACCACGGCAAAACUGGAGGAGUCUAUAGUGUGACCCAGCAUGCUGUCGGCAUUGUGGUGAAUAAGCAAGUCAAGGACAGCUUCCUGAAGCGAGUGAAGGAAAAUGAUCAGAAAAAGAAGGAAGCCAAAGAGAAAGGGACCUGGGUUCAGCUAAAGCGCCAGCCUGCACCCCCGGGAGAGGCGCACUUUGUGAGAACCAAUGGAAAGGAGCCUGAGCUGCUAGAACCGAUUUCCUAUGAAUUCAUGGCCUAA